AUGGCGGCCACAGCCGAGUCGCAACAGCUCAGCAACGCCAUCCUGUCGUUUGCGCUGGAAGGCAGCUUCCCUGAAGAUGCCACCGCGCUGCAGUCGGUCUCGGAGACUGAUUUGAACCCGACAAUUGAGGCUCUGGGCAAGGCCAAGUUGGAUAUCGAGGCCGAGAUCCACACCAUAAACGAAGAGACAAAGGAAGACAUCAGCUCGUGGAUGAGGAACGCAAAGGUCCUGCAGGAGGACAUCAUCCGAUCCAAGACCAUUGCCAAUGACAUCAUCCGUCAGUCCGAGGCACCUGAGGUGACUGGAGAAGCGAUCCUAGAUGCGGAAGAGAAGGCCGAGUUCCUCAAUCGAGAGGUUCAAUACAGCCAGCAGAUUCACGGCGUCUUGAGGCGGAUCCAGCAAGUCAACCAGCUUCUCGCUGAAGUCGAGCAGGCAAGCAGAGAAAGGCGGGUUCUCGACUCGCUGCGGCUGCUUGAGCAAUCAUGGAAGGCCCUCGAUGAUGUGGGUGUUAGCAAAACAACCCGAGUAAUGAAGCUUUUGGACCUGAGGGCCUUUGAGCUAAAGUCCGAUAUCCAUCAAGUCUUUAACCACGUUUGGAAGACUCUGGUGCAAGUCGAUACCGAGUUGGGCAAGGUUGCCAUCUACAAUACGCGACAAGGUUUGUGUAUACAGUUCAAUGCCCAUAGAUCGUACAAAGAGGUUGAUGAGAGAAUGGAGCAGCUGUGGCACAAUUUAGAUGCAGCGGUGGUUUCACCGCGCAUGGAUGCUACCAGAACAAACAUACCCGGCAUCAGGGUGGAGGGAGACGUGCUGGAGCUUGCAGGAUCCUCUGACAGCUCAGCCGAAUCCUUGCUAUCGGAUCUCGAACAGAUCCUGACAUUCGUGGCUCAGAAGCUGCCAGCCGAUCUUUUGCGACCACUGGCUGAUGUCAUGAUGGGCGACAUUCUCUCCAAGCUUACCAAGGUAUGGCUCAACCCUGCCGUUCCAUCGGGACUCAAGGAUCUGGAUAAGUUCCAAGCGCUGGUAUUGAAGAUGAAGGAGUUUUGCGAUGCUUUGCAGCAUAGCGGAUUUACCGGCCUCGAGCCGAUUCAGGAUUGGGCCAGUAAGGCUCCUACAAUUUGGCUUGAGAAGAGCAGAGAAACGGCACUUGACAGCGUCCGAGUCAAGCUGGCCAGUGGGAUUGGGGAGUCCAAACGCGUCGAAAAGAUUGAGAGGCAGAUGGUCUCCAUAGCUGAGGGUAAAGAGCUCUCCAGAACUGGGGCCGGAGCUGUUGCGGACUCAAACGACUGGGGAGACGACUGGGGAGAGGCAUGGGAUGAUGAAAAGACAGCAAAUGAUACGCAGGAUGAGAAGAAGCCGGAGGCCAAGGAACCUGCCGAAUCUGCUAACGAGGAUGAUGGUGCUGAUGCGUGGGGCUGGGGAGACAACGACGAUGCAAACGGGCCAAAGAACGCAGAAGCAAAGGACGCGGCUAAUGCUCCGGAUGAAGACGAUGGAGCUGAUGCAUGGGGUUGGGGCGAUGACGGCGACGCCCAAGAGGAGCCCGCUUCCGCUCCUGCUCCUGCACCUGUGCCUCCAGCUGCUAAAGCGAAGUCAGGCAAGGCCAAAGAAGAGACCAGGGAGCUUGUCUUCAAAGAGACAUACAGCAUUUCGUCAAUGCCCGAGCCCGUGCUCGAACUCAUAUUCUCCAUCCUGGAAGACGGAGCUGCGUUGACAAAGGACGGAAACGAGUACAGCCUGUUGACAGCAACGGCACCUGGCCUCUUCAGCUUGCCUACCUUCGUCCUGGCUCUGUUUCGAGCCAUCUCGCCUCACUACUACUCGUCCGACGCUGGAGGCAACAUGUUCCUGUACAAUGAUGCCAUGUAUCUGUCAGAGAAGCUCUCCGACUUUUCCAUAGCUUGGAAACAGCGCGAAGACCUGACACCUCGUGCGCGAAGCAUGCUCCGUAUUGACAAUGAUGUCCGGACGCUUAAAAGCUUUGCCAACCGCAGCUACUCCAACGAAAUGAGUCUUCAAAAGACGAUACUACAAGACCUCCUUGGCGGAUCACAGAGCCUGGCACAGCAGGACGACAAGGAGUCGUCCAUCGAAGCUGGCACAGCGCGUAUCCGGAGUGUGGCCGCGACAUGGGAUCCUAUCCUGAGGCGAUCAGUUUGGUCCCAGGCAGUCGGGUCUCUUGCAGACUCGCUUGCGUCACGGCUGAUAUCAGACGUGCUGGAGAUGCCAUCGAUCGGACAAGAAGAGGCCUACAGUAUUGCCCAGCUCAUCGCUUCGGCAACGGAGCUAGAUGACUUGUUUCUCCCCAGCAAGCUCGCCGGGACGGCCCCGGUGCCGGAUGAAUUGCCAACGACGGCUCAGUAUGCGCCGAGCUGGCUGCGCCUCAAGUACCUCGGCGAGGUGCUGCAGAGCAAUCUCAACGAAGUCAAGUUUCUGUGGUGCGAGAGCGAGCUGAGCUUGUAUUUCACGGUGGACGAGGUGAUUGAUCUGAUACACGCCAGCUUCGAGGACAAUGCACGAACGAGGGAGACGAUCAAGGAGAUCAAAGCCAAGGAGCCGUUGGCCAGAUGA